AUGAAAACUCUCAUUUUCCUACUUGGGUUCUUAUUUUGUUUGACCAAAUCGGCUCCGGAGAACGAGCGGAUCACGAGUUUGCCGAAUUUCAAAGGAAAUCUCCCAUUCAAGCAAUAUUCCGGAUAUGUUGAUAUAAAUCCGACAAAAAGCUUGUAUUAUUGGUACGUCGAGUCACAAAACAAACCAGACACCGAUCCAGUGGUCUUGUGGCUAAAUGGUGGACCUGGAUGUUCGUCGUUGCAAGGGUUGACCGUUGAAUUGGGCCCUUUCCGAGUCAACAAUUUCGGCGAAGAGGUGGUGUUGAAUCCGUACUCCUGGAACAAGUACGCUAACAUCAUCUUCCUGGACGCACCGGCCGGUGUCGGUUUCUCGGUUCGACGAGACGGCUUGUGGAAUUACACGGAUGAUGAAGUGGCAAAUGAUAAUCUCAUUGCAAUGAUGUUGUGGUUUGGGAAAUUCCCGGAGCGUCGCGCAAACGACUUCUAUGUGGCUGGUGAGAGUUACGGUGGAACUUAUGUGCCAAUGUUGGCUCAAAGAUUGUCGAAUGACUGGAAGAAUUUCCCGAACUUCAAAGGUUUCUUUGUCGGCAAUGGUUGCCUCAAUUCACAGCUCGAGUUCAACUCACUGAUCCAAUACAGUUACAAUCACGGGUUCAUCGAUGAAACAUUCUACCGCAACUCCGUUCAAAAAUGUUGCACCAGUGGUGAUUGUGACUUCUAUGCAAUGGCCAACAAUGAUAAACAUCCGUGCACGAAUAUUUCAAUGGAUCUCUACUAUUCGAACUACUACACCGGCUUGGAUCCUUAUUUCCUCUACUUCACCUGCUAUUUGACUGAUCAGCCCCAAGUAUCCUCCCCACCCAUGGCGAUAAUCAAACAGAAAACGAAAGCGAUCAAGGGAAAGAAAUAUCCAAAAUUGGACACCCUUCCCUCUUGUGCUCACUACAAUGAUAGUACUGUGUAUUUGAUGAGACAAGAUGUGAGAGCUGCUCUUCAUAUCCCUUCUGAUGUACAACCGUACAGCAAUUGCAAUGACGCGAUCGCUGAAGAUUACAUUCAACAAUAUUUGGACAUCUCACCGUUCGUCAAAGAAGUUAUCUACUAUCGGAAAAAGGUGAUGUUCUUCAACGGUGACAUCGAUUCUGUAUGCAACGUGGUCCACAAUGAGCAAUUCGUGCAACGAUUGGGAUAUAAGCUUUUGAAAGCAAAAGAACCUUGGAAUGAUAAUGACCAACUUCCACCAGCAAUCGGCAUGUUGACACGAUAUGAUGGCGUCGACCUCUUGACGAUUCGCGGUGCCGGUCAUUUCACGUCGUCGGCAAACGAGAAACCGAAAGAGUCCCUUCAAAUGUUCUACAAUUUUAUCAAUGGAAAUGACUACAGUCAACCGAUACCAAAA